AUGGCUGAUGACGGACUCCCACCCAGGAUUCAGCCAGGAGCAAACAUACCUGCAAUCAAGACAUAUCCCGACAAGUUCGCGGACCAUGUCGUGCUUGUCACUGGAGCUGCUCAGGGUAUCGGCAAGACUACAGCCACUUUGUUCGCGGAACAAGGAGCGACGGUAAUCCUCGUCGAUAUUGACGGUGUUAAGCUGAAAACCCUGGCGGAUGAGCUCAAUUCACGUGGACUGAAGAGCGCACAUCAUGCCGCCGACAUGACCGACGAGCUCGCGGUGCAUGCACUGGUCAAGGACGUUGUCAAUUUUCACAACAAAGUUGAUGUGCUUGUGCAUCUGGCAGGGAUCUAUCCUUUCAUUCCCAUAGCUGACGUCUCCUUUGGGGACUACACACGCAUUAUGGAUGUCAACAUGGCCAGCACGUUCCACUUGACCAAGGCAGUACUUCCACACAUGCAGCGGGCUGGAUACGGUCGAAUUAUCAACACUUCCACUGCCGCCAUCUUCUCUCCUUCUGCUGGCAUGUCAAUCUACACAGCGGCCAAGAGUGCCGUCACUGGCUUCACGAGAGCCAUUGCAACCGAAGCAGGUCCAGGCGUGACUGUGAACGCAGUCUGCCCGGCUAUGAUCUUCAAUGAGAGUACAUGGUCCAAUGCAGGGUCCCGAGCUGUGUUCAACUCCAUCCUGGAUCGCCAGUUUGUCAAGCGAGUGGGUCUGCCCUCGGAUGUAGCCCAUAUGGUCAGCUUCAUUGCCAGUCCUGAGAGUGAGUGGAUCACCGGGCAGCUGUUCAACGUGACUGGAGGUGCGGUCAUGACAUAG